AUGGGCACCAUUCAGCAACCAUGGGAGCAGAUCGUCUCUCAAAAACGUGCGAUCCGAGAAAACCUGUUGGCGCCAUAUUUGGUCGACAUUGAGCAUCGAGUGCCUCGAGUCGAUCGUGUGGAUUACCGGACUCGUCGAGAGGAUGAGCCUGAAGUCCAAAGGAUCACCGAUCUCGACCUGGCAAGCUUGUUGAAACGACUGGAGACGGGCGAGCUCACUGCGCACGAGGUUAUUCACGCGUAUAUUAAACGCGCCGUGGUAGCACACCAGUUGACCAACUGUUUAACGGAAAUUUUAUUCGACGAAGCCCUACAGCAAGCUCAAAAGCUAGACGACGAGUUCAGCAGCACUGGAAAGCUCAAAGGGCCCCUACAUGGCAUUCCCAUCACACUCAAGGAUCAAUUCAACGUCAAGGGCGUUGACUCGACAUUGGGAUACGUCGGGAGAUCCUUUCAACCCGCCAGCGAGGACGCAGUCCUAGUGCAGAUAUUAAAGGAUAUGGGGGCUAUCGUCAUAGCAAAGACGAAUCUGUGUCAAAGUAUUAUGUGGGCAGAAACUGAGAAUCCUCUCUGGGGAUUAACCACCAACGCCAGAAACCCUGCCUUUACACCCGGUGGUUCAACUGGAGGUGAAGGCCCAUUACUAGCACUGCACGGCUCAAUCCUCGGCUUCGGCACGGAUAUAGGAGGAAGUAUACGGAUCCCCCAGAGUUUCGCAGGUCUAUACGGCCUGAAACCGAGUAGCAGCCGCUUCCCCUACGAAGGCGUCCCCGUCUCAACCCAAGGCCAAGAACACGUCCCCUCCUCCAUCGGACCCAUGACCCGCGACCUCCCCUCCCUAACAUACAUAACCAAACAAAUAACCUCCUGCACCCUAUGGACACUGGAUCCACGCUGCGCCCCCCUCCCCUGGAACGAAACACUCUUCACAUCAACCCAAUCCAAGCCCCUAACAAUCGGCCUAAUCCUAAACGACGGCAUAGUCACCCCACACCCCCCAAUAACCCGCACCCUCGCCGAACUCUGCUCCGCACUAACCGCGCAAGGCCACGAAGUAAUUCCCUGGGAUACAUCCGACCACGCAGACUGCAUCAAGAUAAUGGACUCCUUCUACACAGUCGACGGCGGCGAGGAUAUUCGUCGCGAUAUAGCCGUGGCCGGGGAACCGUAUCUGCCCCACGUCCAAGCACUAGUGAACCGGGGCAGCCCGAUCUCCGUCUACGAGUAUUGGCAAUUGAACAAGCGGAAACACGCUGCGCAGAAAAAGUAUCUCGACAAGUGGACUACCACGCGGUCCAACUCUGGAAGACAGGUGGAUGUCUUGUUAGCGCCGGCUAUGCCGCAUACGAGUAUCCCGCACCGGACGUUUAGAUGGGUUGGGUAUACUAAGAUCUGGAACUUUUUGGAUUAUACUGCGUUGACGUUUCCGGUUGAUCAAGUGCGGAAGGAGAUAGAUGGGGUUGUGGGGACGGAGUAUGUGCCGAGGAAUGAGUUGGAUGAGUGGAAUUGGAAGCUGUGGGAUGUUGAUGCUGUGGAUGGGUAUCCGGUGAAUUUGCAGAUUGUUGGGAAGAAACUUGAGGAGGAGAAGGUUUUGGGCGCUGCGACUGCUAUUGAAGGAAUUUGGAAGAGUUAUGUGGAAGGGAAACACGCAGAGUAG